AUGUCAAGUAAAGCAAAGCAAGAGAUUUUGGCAGAAACCAAGAUAAUCCCCGAGUUGAGCAAAUUCUGCAUAGCUGAAAAUGCUAUUUGGAACAUUAACAGCGAGAAUAUGGAAGAAACUAUUUCAAAAAUCAAAGAACUUAUAUCAAGUAAAGACGUUACGCUCAAGUUUGUUGAGCUUUUAAUUGAAAAAACAAAGAAAUUCAGAAUUAGACAGAAUUCAGUUCUACUCCAUCUCAUAACGGUGCUCCAUAAUAUUUAUCCAGAAUACUCUCAAUUCGAAUCGAUGAUUAAGAUGUGGGUACCGCUCUCAGACAUCGAGCAAUCAUCUCCUCUUGAAUAUCAUAUCAUAAUGGACAAUGUUGAAGAAUUUAAGAAAUUUAUCGAAGGAAAGGCAACAAAACAAACCAAAAAGAAAAACUAUCUCGAACAGGCAUGUAAAUACGGCUCUGUUGAUUGUUUCAAGUACUUAGUUUCAAACGGAGCCGUAUUAUCAGACGACGCUCCAAAACUCGCAGCAACAGGCGGAAAUAUUACCAUAUUACAGUUGAUUGAAGGCCUAGGAAGAAAUAUUGUAGGAAUUCAUCAACAGGCGAUCAAAGCUCACCACAAUGAUGUAGUUGAAUGGCUUAUGGACAAGUAUGACUUUAUCAAGGAGCUAAAUUCAGCAGAGAUAUUACAGACAACAAAUGUCACGCUCUUUAAUUACUGUAUGGCCAAUAAUAUUGACGUCAAUAACACCGAUCUUCUUUUCUUCCCUUGCCAGAUUGGUUCUUUACCAUUAUUGAAGUAUUUCGUUGAGAAACUAAAUAUUACAGAUAGCAGUGGUGCCAAGCAGAGCCCGCUUAUUGCAGCAAUCCUAAAUGAUUCUGCAGAAUUAAUUGAAUACUUGGCAUCCCAUGCUUUCGAAUUGAAUCAAACCGUUCAAUUUGAGAACCACAAAAUUUCCUUACUAUCUUUUGCGUUAAAACAUCAGAAAAUAGAAGCAGCAAACGCAUUAGCUGACCAUGGAGUCCAAACUUCGUGGGAUGAGCUCAAUAAAUCACUUGAAUCUAACCAAUUAUCAUUGACAGCCAAGAUUAUGAGUAAUGGCGCAUUGAAUAACCCAUGCGAAUGCGAAUCACCGUUGAUGGGCGCAACAGAAAAAGGAAAUUUAGAUGUAAUGAAGAUAUUCUACGGCCAAGGACAAGAUGUUAACUAUGUAUUCAAGGGAAAGAGUGCACUAUCAAUCGCUGCAACCAAAGACGACCAAAAAUUGAUGGCAUUUCUCAUUGAAAAAGGAGCAAACGUCAAUUUGCAAACAGACCAAAACCCUCUUUUCCUUGCUAUUGAAAGUGGUAAGGAAGAUAAUGUUAAGUUCUUACUGGAUCACGGUGCAGAUCCGAACAUGCACUGCAUUAUUAACAAAAAAGAUUAUUCUCCAUACGAAUACGCAAUGAUUAAGAGGAAGCUAGAGAUAGCCCAACUCUUUGAGACACCAAAAGAACAUGAAGCAAUUGAUCAAAUUUUAGAAAUCCAAAAUCCCGAUGAACCUCAACAGGUUCCUCCACCGCCAGCUGAAGUUGACGAACCAAAGCUCCAAUUAGUAAAGAAGAGUAAGAAGAAAUCAAGAAUUGCCAAAUUUAAUAUUCCUCAGAACGAAUUAGAAGAAGUAAAAGCCAAAAUACAGCAUACAUCCGACCAAAGACCAUCAAAUUGGAGUGAGCUUCUCCAAAAGAUCAGAAUGGUCCAGCAACAAGAGCAAGUUCAGCAACAACAGCAGAAAAUGCAGCAAGAAUAUCAGAAGAGGAUUCAGAGACAAAAGGCGGCAAUCCAAGCUGAAGAAGCUGCAAAAAGAGAGCAGCAGGCUCAAAAUGAAAAAGCUCAGCAGGAGAAUCAAAACGAAAACAAGUUUGUUGCAGGAAAAACAUUAGACUGUCAACUUGUUUGUCCCAACGAGAUUGUUGACAGACAUUACGUUGAGUAUUUGGUCAAGAAAGGAAUCUUGAAGGGUGUUGACAUGGAAAUAUUAACAAUGUAA